UCAUUGCUAUAAAUAUGUACACAAUGGUAAAGUAAGUCACUAGGCUUACUUGCUAACAAGGAACUAGGUUAUUCUGAGAAAUCUGGUUAUGCAAGCAAUCAGAAUUAAAUAUGAAUAGACAGUGUUGUUGCAGGGGCGCUGUAGAUGUUUUGAAGCAGCAGCGGUAAUCGUUUCUGUAAAUUCCUUUUGGAACCUUUUUUUUUUUUUUUUACUGCGCUGGUGAUACAAACUUAAACAUGUGACCUUCUUGCCCUUUUGAAAUUGUAAGCAUAAGGUCGGACUUUAGGUGUUGUGCCUCUUAGCAAUGUCGAUACAUAAAGUAAAACCAGACUCUGUUGCUGAAUGCUGAGUCAAUGUGAAAGUACAAAGGUUGAGUGACAGCAGAGCCUGGCCAUGGCGCUGUUGCAUACACGCAAUGAAAAAGGGCUUCUCUCUCUCGUCAACUAAUGGUCCACUGUUCAGCUGUUGAAAACAAACUUAUGGAGAGUCUCCCCUUCACAAAGAUAGCGCAUAGUAUAACAGCGCAGGACCACCAGCCGACUCCAGACUGCUGCAUCUUGAGUAUGGUUGUAGGACAGCUAAAAGCAGACGAUGACCCCAUCAUGGGUUUCCAUCAGAGUUUCAUUCUGAAGAACAUUAACGAUGCAUGGGUGUGCACCAAUGACAUGUUUAGGUUGGCCAUUCACAACUUUGGCUAGCCCAAACCCUCACACUCUGGUGGGCGGGGGUGGCCAUAGUGAAGGGCACUUUGUGAUGGAUUAUGGAGGGAGGGAAGUGAGGAGUUGAGGAUGGAAAUAAGAGAGAAAACUCAUCCCUCCCUCCUGCUGUCUCAUUUACGCCUGUUUGAAAAAACAAUCAAACACUAGAUGUCAAUCACUGAACUUCAUCUAAGUGGGUUUUAGGACAAGCUCAGCCAGUAAAAUUGCAACGUGUUUCUUUGCUGAGAGCCGGCCGACCAAUCAGAUGCCCCUGUCUGCCACUCUGCUGACCUGCAUGACGCUGGGAGCCUCCCAUUACAAUGUCUACACUCAAGUCACCAAAAAGACAACAGCUGACUUGCGCCAAUAACUCAUACUCUGCUGUCCGCCGUUCUUUAGUUAUUUCUAACUCAUCCAACUCUGUUGUUAACUGAUCUGUUGUUGACUGGCUUCCAAAUACAUGUUAAGGUUUAGAUUUGGCUUCUACAGUUCCCACUUCUUGUAUUGUAAGUUGUUUUUAGAUGCCACUUAUGUGUUGCCUUAGUGGGUUUAACUGAGUUUUUAUUUUCCUUUACAUACUGGUAAUUGUUUACUUUGCCUUUUUUCAAUUUCCCAUGCCAGGUUUUGCUCUUGCAAACCAAAGAAUCAUAGAUGACAAACAUCUGACCUUCUCGUGUGAUUGGCUCUGUUCCUACAUAUUUACUAAGUCUGUCUCUCACUCUUCUGUCUUUCUCUUUUACAUCCCAUGUCAGGCAGUUACAUGGUCAACAACCACAAAAGACAAUAAAAUCUGGACUUUUUCUUA